AUGGCUUCUGGCUCUUCAUCACCGCCGAAAACGGCAUUCGUGUCGUUUCCAGGAGCAGAAUACACACAGACCGCCGCAAUCCGAGCAGCACGCAAGGUGCUUACUCCUCAUGGCUGGAUCGUCGAGGCUGGCGAAUCAGCAGACGCCCCACACCAUGCUCAAGACGACAGCGGCCCCAGCGCUCCCUCGGGCAAGGAUCUGUACCUGGCCGACUACGAUCUGCUUCCUUUCGAAGAGCUGCUUCCAGGGGCUCCGGCGUCGGCCAAGGGCAAGCAGCCACAGUGCUCGAGCUAUGUGAUCCGCAAGGCGCUUAUCCGCAAACACUACCUCGCUUCGGCGCUCAACACGUAUGCGGUCAAGCUGCCGCCGGGCGACGAAGCACGUCGCUUCCGAUCGUGCACACCCAAGACGUGGCAUCUGGACAUCCAGUUUGCCGACGAGCUCGACGAGCUGCUCAUGGACGAUCUCUACGACCUCGCCGAGCUGCUCGAGCAGAACGAGCGCGCGCUGGAGGAAGCAAGGGACAGCGAUGUCAAGUGGUUCAUCCUGAAGCCAGGCAUGGCGGAUCGCGGAAACGGCAUUCGCAUCUUCAGCACGCUCGAUCAGCUUCAGUCCAUCUUUGAGGAGUUCGAACCCGAGUCCGACGACGAGGGUGACGAGGACGACGAUGUCGACGACGAUGGCGAGGCUGGAUCCUCGGCAAGUGGACACGCGUACGCGGGCAAGGACACCUCGGUCAUGGCCAGCCAGUUGCGCCAUUUCGUGAUUCAAGAGUACAUUCGGUCACCGCUCAUUGUCGACCCUAUCCGCUCCCCACAGGGCGACUCUUUGGCAAAGGAGGUCUCACAAAAGCUUUCACUCGACUCGGCACCAGGCUCGAACGCGCGCAAAUUUCACCUUCGUGCCUACGUGCUAUGUGUGGGCGGCGUGGCGGUGUAUCUGCACGACGAGAUGCUCGCGCUAUUUGCACCAUUGACAUACGAAGCGCCGUCUUCGGCGACGGUGCGCGAUCUGCGAUGCCACCUCACCAACACGUGCCUGCAAGACGACGGCUCGCUCGCUGUCGGCAACGACGCACGGCCCAAGGAGGAAAACGUCUUUCUGUGGUCCGACCUCGUCGGCUCAGCGUGCGCGAACCUAGGCCACGAAGGAGCAGGCGCGACUCUGUCGUCCGAUAUGGUCGAUCAGGUGCGACGUAAGGCUGCCGACGUCAUUGGUGCGUGCUUCCAGGCUGCAGCCAAAGCGGGCAGCAUCCAUUGGCAGAUGUGGCCCAACGCGUUCGAGGUGUUUGGCGUCGAUCUGCUCGUCGGCUACGACGAUGAUGCCCAAGCAGAAGCGCAACAUCCGAGCGAUCUCAACGUAUGGCUGCUCGAGGUCAAUGCGCAGCCCGACUUUGCCCAGACGGGCGCCAGGCUGAGCGCCAUCAUCGACCGCCUCUUUGAGCGUGUCUGCGAGAUCGCCGUCCUCCCCUACCAUUCUAAGGGCUCCGACCAGACAGACAUGGACUCGUGGAAGGUCGGCGAAUCGCGCCAGAACACCACGCUCUGCUAUAGAGAAGAUCUGGGUCGCGGCCUGUAG